CUCCGUGGAAGAGUGGGCCCUGUUGGAUUCUAAGCAAAAAGCCUUAUACCAAGAGGUCAUGCUGGAAACAAGAGGAACAUGGCCUCCUUAGGUGAUGGAUGGGAGAUGGCGGAUUCUGGCCAAGAGGCAGUAGUAGCUUUCCCAAAAGAGAAAAAGGAAGUUGCAGAAAAGAUGGAUGGAAAGCAAAGUUGUGAGGAAAACCUGUUAAUGGUUGAGCUGGAGAAUUGCUCUGGUUUACCUUGUGCAGAUACCAAUGUCUUAUUGAACACAGAUGAUUGCCAAGAAAAAGAAGUGUGUCCAAGGUGUGGGAAAACACUUCGAGAUGGAUCGGAAUUAUGUGACUGUUGUGAAAGCCUUUCUGGAGAGAAACAAGAUGAAAGCAGGCAGCACUCCAGAAGGAGCCUUCCUCCUCCUUUACAUGAAAGAAUACAAGAAGGAAAUGUACAAAUGUACGGAGUGUGCAGAAGGUUUCGGAUCCAUACAGGGGGAAAGCCAUAUCAUUGCACAGUGUGCGAAAAGAGCUUUGCACAAAAAGGCAACUUCAAUUUACAUAAGAGGAUCCAUACCAGAGAGAAGCUGUAUAAAUGCACAGAAUGUGGGAAAUGCUUCAGGACCUCCAGUGCCCUUACUCACCAAUUCACAUUAUCCAAGGCCUUCUGCGCAUCGAGGAACAUUGUUGAGAUCCAUUACCACUUCUGUGUAAAAAGCCAUUUUGAUCUGGAUGAAUAA